AUGAGCUGCAACUGGGGCACGGAGCUGUGGGACCAGCUGGAGGGUCUGGAGAAACACACGUCGUGGGGCAUCGAGUUUUUAGAGAAAUACACAAAGUUUCUGAAAGAACGAGCUGAGAUCGAACAGAACUACGCCAAACAGAUCAGGAACCUGGCCAAGAAAUACCAACCCAAACGGAACCGAGAGGACGAAACCAGGUUCUCCUGGUGUGUGGCGUUCUCUUCGUCGCUCCGUCAGUUCGAGGUUCUUGCGUCUCAGAGGGAGGAACUGUCUGAGAACCUGAGUGAGAACAUGCAGGAACUGAACCGCUACACCAGCGACUUAAAGAGCGAACGCAAGGGGCACUUUCAGGACGGGCGUCGGGCGCAGCAGCACAUCGAGAGCUCCUGGAAACAGCUGGAGUCGAGUAAGCGUCGGUUCGAGCGUGACUGUAAGGAGGCAGAGCGAGCGCAGCUCACAUCAGACCGACUGGACCUGGACCGAGACGGAGAAAAGCGCUGCUCCAUCAAGGCCCGUCAGAACGCGCAGCAGAAGCAGCUGAACGCUGAAGAGUCUCGGCGAGAAUACGAGACGAGUCUGAACCAGUUCAACCAGGAUCAGGUCCAACACUACAGGACCCUGGUCCCAGUCAUCUACCAGAGGAUCCAGGAGAUGGAGGAGCGGAGGAUCGAGCGUGUGGCCGAGACGAUGAGGAGCUGCGCUGAAGCCGAGAGGAAGAUCUUACCUCAGACCUCCAGAUGUUUGGAUGGACUCCUAGAGGCCGCCGCUCGGAUCCAACCCAGACAGGACACGCUGGAGGUGGUUGAGGUUUAUAAGUCGGGCUUCGAUCCUCCAGGAGACGUGGAGUUUGAGGAUUACAGCGCCACCAUCAGGCGCAGUGUGUCCGAGUCCAGUUACCUCGACAACCGCAGCGAGGGGCGGAGACACGGCAGGAAGCUGUGGCCCUUCAUCCGCAAGAACAAGCUGCUGACGCUGCUGUCGUCACCGCGGCAACCUCCGCCCCCUCCCCCCACCUCCCCCUCCCCCGGGGGUGUGGCCUCCAGCCCUCAGUCUCCACCCACCGCCUCCAGAGAACCAAUCACAGCGCGACUCAAUGACCUGAUGUCGUCAGGCUCCAGGACCAGAAAACAGUGUCUGCGCAGCAUCAAGAGAGGGCUUUCUCUCAAACUGAGCUCGAGUCCGGCCGACUGCAGCCACCUGCCCCCAGAACAACGACGCAAGAAACUCCAGACCCGGAUCUGCUCCAUCAGCCAGGAGAUCCAGAGGGAGAAGGAGCAGAGAGACGCGCUGCUGAAGAUGAGGGAGUUGUACGAGCGCAGUCCUCACAUGGGGGAACCUGCGAGUGUGGAGCCCCGCCUCCAGGAAGUGCACCUGAGUCUGCAGAGGCUGGAGGACGAGCUACACAACAACCAGGUCUGGUUGUCAGAGACCGAGAGUCGACUGAACUCCACGCGACGUCAGAGCUGCGGAAUCACGAGCGAAAAAGAAACGAAGAGGAGCAGGGGUCUCUUCUCUCUCUGAUUGACUCGUCUAACCCCGCCCCCUCUCUCUGAUUGGCUCAGCCCGGACGGCAGUUACACGGAGGACCAGGGGGCGGAGCUUCAGUUUAAAUCUCGGAGUUCAGAGUUUGACGACGACUUCGAUGACGAGCCGCUGCCGAGUAUCGGGACGUGUAAGAGUCUGUACGCCUUCCAAGGGCAGACGGAGGGCACUCUGUCGAUGCGUGAGGGGGAACUACUUUCUGUGGUGGAGGAGGACAAAGGCGACGGCUGGACCCGGGUGCGCCGCAGCCUGGAGGAGGAGGGAUACGUACCCACGUCCUACAUCAAAGUGUUUCUGGACUCCAGCGCCGCAGGUUUCGUUCAGAGCCGUUUGGUGUGAGACUCCGCCCGCUGCUCGUCUG